AUGACGAGUUUGUGCCGCCACUACGUGUGCGACGUAAACUUAGCACUCCUCUUAGUUCGCAUAUUUAAACUGGAAUAUUUGACAAAAUAUGUUCCAUAUGUUCUUAUCCUCCAUAUCCUUCCAUAUAUUCUAUCAAAAAAAUGUAUUUUUAUUCUUCUAGACAAUCUUGGUACUUCAUUAUCCCGUGGGCUGUCCCCAUUUGAUCGGACCAAACGUCGCUUUAGUACAAUGGUCACCAGUGGCGCGGCAGCAGCUGUAUCCCGCCGUCUUUCCGCUACCAUCGGCUGGUGUCUCGCCACGCCCACACAAGUCAAACCCCAAAUCGUAAGGCAGGGUCGCGCUUUAUGUAUUCAAUACAUAAAAACACAAAUACGUCGCUCACCUACAUGUCAUAACAAGCAAAUAGUACUCAAACGUCUUCAAAGAAUGUUGGAAACGGAAUGCGGUGAAGAAGCUGCAAAUAAUACAGAUUCUGGAGUCCUAACUGCUUUGCGCACAUUGUGUGCUGCUCUUGAAAGAAAACGACCUGACGCGUUUAGACACGUGGCGAGACAAGCAACUCGCUCCCCCUCUGCCAUGCUACGAUCAGAUACUGCGCUUGCUGAACUGACUCUUGCUCUUGCCCGUCGCAUCACCAGGGAGAACAUCACAUGGUCUAAGAUUGCAGCCGUAUACUGUAUCUGCGGUGCUUUAGCUAGAGAGGCUGCAGAAGCCGCAGAAGAUGACCCAACUAUUGAAUUAGUGUCAGCACCAGCAGCUGCUAUUGCUGAUCUACUUCACGAAGAACCUGGGUCUUGGAUCGCUUCACAUGGAGGCUGGAAUGGACUUAUUGAACGUCUUCGUACCAGUGAACGUGACCACAGAUCCGAAAAGACACUUCGUGUGUUGAUUUCAUUCUUUGUGAUAGUAUGUUUCGUAUUGAUGCUACUACGUUGGGCUUUACACUAACAUCCACCUUAUUAAAAAUAUCAUAUUAAGCAUUAAGUAAAAAAUAAAUAAAAUUAUAUUUAUGUCAACGCAUGUAUUAGACACAGUAGAUAAGCAUAAUUCUUGGAAUAUUUUGGCUUGCAAGGUAAAGGAAAUAAAAAAUUAUCCAAAAAAAAUGUAACUG